UCACUCCCAGACAAAUCCAAAAAAAAAAAAAAAAAAACCCUAUCUCUUCCUUUCCUUCUCUCAAUUCUCAUUUACCCAUAAAAUAUCAGGAUAACGCAAAACCCUCUACCUACUGAAAAUUUUUCAACUUCAAUGGCUAUUUCGUCUGGGAUUUUCACCACUUUCUUCUCCUCUAAAACGGUGUCGUUUCUCAACUCUUCUCCCAGUCUGUCUCCUUGUCCUGUUACCCUGCGAGUGAUGCGCACUGUCACCUGUGCUACUGUAUCGUCACAGCAGCAGAAGGAGCGGCGUCCCCGAGGCAUUAUGAAGCCUCGUCGCGUUACUCCGGAAAUGGCUGAGUUUGUUGGUGCAUCGGAGAUCUCUCGCACCCAAACGCUUAAGCUCAUUUGGGCCUAUAUCAAGGAGCACAAUCUGCAGGACCCUGAUAACAAGAAGAUCAUAAUUUGUGAUGAGAAGCUGAAGAAGAUAUUUGGUGGUAGGGACCGAGUUGGAUUUCUCGAAGUCGCAGGAUUGAUUAGUCCUCACUUUCUCAAAUAAAUUUAGAAUGUUCGGUUUGAAUUUCAUGGAUCAAGUUCUAUGUGCAGUGGCUAUCUUUUUGGGCGACAACAAUAGUGAAAAUUACGCCUGUUGCUUUCUGCAAUAGCAGUGUUUUGAGUUUUAUUAUUGCUUGGCUAUAGAGCCAGCUUUGUUAUGAGUUUUCCUUGUAGAUUCCUUGAAUCUAUAGGUUUUUAUUUAGGAUAUUAUUAGGAAUUUCCAGUUUAUGCUUUGUUAGACAUCUUUUAACUUUGGUUGAAUUACGUAUACAAGUUUAAUUCUGGCGA